UUUUAUUUUUGGCUAAGUUUCUCAUACAGAAUGUUUGCAAUCAAAUGAUUUUGUCGAUUACUUUACUCAAUCCAUUCGAAAUGAUCGACACGUUUGAUGAAUUGCAAAUGAGACCCUAUUUGAAAGUCUACGUACAAUUGCCAAGGACCAAUUUUAAAGAACUACUGGAAACUGCGAGUCCUAUUGAACAAAGUAUUUUAACUCGACCUGGCACCAUUAACUCGGAUGCAGUGACUUUUGACAAUAUAUUUAAGAUCAUAUCUGACGUACGGGACAGGCGUACGCACGUACUUAUGGGAACGAAUGGCCAUAUAUCGUUGUUGUCUACGUAUGCCACUGUUAAGGGUACGAAUGCCACUGUUAAGGGUAAACGGGUUCAUAUAAUGCAACAAAAGGCUGGAGCUCAGCGUAUCAACUGCUGUAAGGGCUAUGCAAUAGAAUACGACGGCUAUUACAGUGGUUAUCAUGGAGACCACACUCAGGGUAAAUAA